AAAAAAACAUGCACUGGAAGUUGGUUUAACCUUGGGAUUACUCCCUGGCUGAUACAGCGUGCAACCUUUAAACCCCAGAUGUCACACUGCAAGAUCCCGAUCCAGCGGCAGAAAGUGCGGGCCGCGCUGAAUUAUUUGGAGUCGAACUAAUUUAUCUUUUGUGCCGUUCAUGUAGAAGCCGUGCAGGCAGUAGUGUAGAAUGAACCUUCAAAGCUAAUUUUCCCCCACCCCCUCUCCCCUCCCGCGGGAAGAAAAACUUCACUUCCCGCCCCGUCAGCGGAGCGCAUGCGGAAGUCUGAUACUGCGGAGCGUUACUGACCCCAUCUCAGCUACUACUAACUACUAACGUAAGCCUACUACACUGAUAUUUCACAUAAAAUUACAGCGACUGAAAUCGGCAAUAACAGCAGCAGGGGAAACAGUAGUAGCAAGCCGUUCUACCACUCCGUACCUCCCUCUGACCCUUUAAGACAAGCUAAUCGUCUUCCUAUCAAGGUUUUGAAAAUGCUUACGGCUCGCACCGGACACAUUUUGCAUCCCGAGUACUUACAACCUUUACCAUCUACGCCCGUAAGUCCCAUUGAGCUUGAUGCGAAAAAGAGUCCUCUGGCACUUUUGGCUCAGACAUGCUCUCAGAUUGGAAAGCCGGAUCCCCCGCCAUCCUCGAAGCUCACGUCUGUGACUUCCAAUGGUACCUGCGAGAAAGACUCCGGAAAAUCUGCUCCGUUGAAACUUAGUGACAUUGGCGUGGAAGACAAGUCGAGUUUUAAGCCGUACUCGAAGCACACGGAGAAGAAGGAUUCCAGUUCCUCGGGCAGUUCCAACGUUUCUGCGGAGAAGUCUGGUUUCCGUGUGCCGAGCGCCACCUGCCAACCAUUCACACCAAGGACAGGCAGCCCGAAUUCCAGCACUUCCUCGCCCAUGCCCUCCGACAGCAAAGGCGCCGAGAGCCAGGAAAAGAAAGACAUAGACACCGUAAAAAACAGCUCCUCAGAAAACUCCACGACCACCAGCGUCAGUCACAACCGGAUUAGUGUCAGCUGCGCUGGGAUAAACGUGGAAGUCAAUCAGCACCAGGAAACUUCGGUUUCGAAACCCAUUAUUUCGGAGACUUCAGCUCUGGGCUCCGGACUUGUUGCCCCUGUCUCGCCCUAUAAACCCGGGCAGACUGUCUUUCCAUUGCCCCCGGCCAGUAUGGCUUAUCCUGGGACACUCGGGGCCUACGCUGGCUACCCGCACCAGUUUGUACCGCAUGGCGUCAGCUUGGAUCACGCCAAAUCCAGCCUUGUCGGGGCGGCUCAGCUCGCUAGCUCUUUGGGUUGUGGCCUCUCCAGCAAACCCACCGGUUCCAGCCCAUUAGCCGGUGCCUCUCCCCCAUCAAUGAUGACGGCUAGUCUUUGCAGAGAUCCCUACUGUCUAAGUUAUCAUUGCGCUGCUCACCUUGCCGGGGCAGCCAGCAACUCUUGCACCCAUGACCCCACCGCUCUGAAGUCUGGAUACCCUCUGGUUUAUCCCUCUCACCCUCUACACGCCGUUCACACGUCCAUGUCCAGCAAUGCUGGGACGCCAACCCUGACGGGACAUCAUUUGUACCCUUAUGGUUUCAUGCUACCUAACGACCCCCAACCUCACAUCUGCAAUUGGGUCUCGGCCAAUGGACCAUGCGACAAGCGAUUUUGCACCUCAGAGGAACUGCUCAACCACUUGCGGACGCACACUGCUUUCUCCGGGACUGAUAAACUCAUGGCCGGCUACCCCAGCUCGUCUCUGGGCAGCGCAGCGGCGGCGGCAGCUGCAGCAGCCGUGGCUUGUCAUAUGCACCUCCCACCGACAGGGGCGCCCGGGAGCCCUGGCGGUCUCACACUGAGGAGCCCCCACGCUUUAGGACUCAGCAGCAGAUACCACCCGUAUACCAAGAGCCCUCUGCCGACCCACGGAGCCCCAGGGCCGGUUACCACUCUACCCGUACCGGCAACAGGACACUAUUACUCUCCAUACGCACUCUACGGCCAGAGAUUAACCACAGCUUCAGCACUGGGCUAUCAGUGAACACAGACUUUCAAAGCUGCAAUAUGCAUUGCAAAGAAGAUUUAUGUGGGUCCAAUUUCAAAACAGUCAGGAGAAAAAAAGUUUUUUAAAAAAACAAAAUGUUGACCUAGAUGUGUUCUGUUGAAAUAACACAAUCUGAUUUUUUUUUCGUGAAGCCAGUCAUCUCAAAGGUGAACCGAUUAAUGCAUACGUAGAGAUUUCAUCCUGUUAAAUUGUUUUUUUUUGGAAAUUAAGACGUGUAAAUAGUUUUUUUUCUUGAAAGUUUUGAAAUACAAUCCAGGUAGUCCCACACAAAGCAGAUUGCAGUUUAAUGGUCAUUUCUUGGUGUUCAUCAAUGGACGGGUUCCGUGAACGCUGUAUUUAUUUAUGUUAGCUUCAAGCGGGAAAAAAAACAUAACAAAGUGCAUUACUUAACAAAAAAACUGAUAGGUAAAGUGGAACACAAUGUAGAAAAAAAUAGGAGUUUUCCUAAGUUUCUUUUGAAUUGCUAUGAUUGUAUUGUACGUUCUUAUUUAAUGUCUCUUGGAAAAGAAUUUACAUGCAUGUUUGUUACUAAAUUCCAACUUGUCAUUAUAAUUUCAAAUUACAAUUAUUUUUAAGCUGUACCAUGGAAAGAAAAUUGGUAUUUUUUGUAUGUAUUCUGGAAAUAAGAAGCAGUGCUAUUCAAAAUUAUGACCGUCUUAUUUUGUUAUUAAAUGAAUACUUGAUUACAAAUUGUAACUUCGGUUCGCAUUAUAUAGGUUUCCAAAUAUGGUUUUGGUAUUUAUUUUUUCCAUUUCGAAGAUUGUGCAGGAUUUUUUAAGGUUCCUUUCCUGACUGAGGACAUCUUAUCGCUUCAGGAAGCAAAUAUACCUUUAUAAGAAUCAUUAAAUGUAAUGUAAAUCUUGCCAUUUAUUUUACAUGAUUACUUGGAAUCAAAACGCAGUUUAAAACCAAAAAAAAAGGAUGGUAUUUCUGUUGAAUUGCGAACACAUCACAUUUAUCAACACUAAAAAGGAAAAAGGCACUCAAAUCUGUCGCCAGCUACCCGCAUCAGCUAGCACUUUUGCCAUCGAAAUGCAGAUGACCCGCUCUUUAAAAUCGGCUUUGACAAAGGUGCAUUAAACGGUUUGCAGUGUCACUCCGCAGUUAUAACCCAUAAUACUACAUUGUCAUUUGAAACAAUGUGCCGGACAUUUGGAAGAGGCUUAAUAUCGGGAAGUCAACAACCCACGUAUUUCUGCAAGAACCCUUUUUGCAGGAGUUAUAAACAUUCCCCUUGUCCCUGCUCGUCACUUGACACCACGGAACCUGAUUCCUGUUUUCAUAAAUCUUCUGCAAAGAGCAAGGGCGUACAAGGAGAAACAAAUUAAGAUUUUUUUCCCGCCCAAAUUGGGAGAAUCGUUAAACCUAAAUCAAUUUCAAAAAGGUAGACAGCAAGCACUGAAUGACAAAUUUCCUUUCCCCGAACUCCGGUGAUUUUAAUGUGAGAAACGCUUUGUUGGACAAGCGCUUGUAAAAGCGAAAGACUUAGCGCGCAGAACAAAAUCCGCUUUCACCAGCUGACUAAUACCAACCCAAAUUAUAUUUAU